CGCAUGGCGUCGCGUCACUCGUACCGAGUGGUAAUUCUACCAGCGCGUUAUCCAGUGAUUAAACUAUUUAUGUUAGACUUCCUGCUUCGGGGGUUUAGGAUGCGUGCCGUCCGGACGUUGUGUUUCUCGGUAACAGUGAUUACGCGAAUUUACAAACGUUACCAAAGGUAAACACGUUCCGUUGUAACAGAAACGAGUGCCAGUAUCUGAGCGAAAUUUUUGUGCAAAAGAAUCACGUGAUAUAUUACGGAUCGAAGCAGUUCGGUGCGAUGGAAUUAAUUGGAUGACAGUCGGUGAAAAAAGUCACGGUACCAGAGAUCUUGGCAUUUACACGAUAGAUUUCACACGCUAAUCAUUCUACGAGUUGGGAAAUAUGUCUUCCAUAUUACAAUGGCUCGAUCAUGGCUAGGAUGUUUUUUGGGCGUUUUAGUGCCAUCGGCAGUCUUUUACUUGUAUUUAUUGUUCAAUGUGCCUUCCGCUGAAAUUGGUUCCUUCAAACUCGAUGGGAAAUCGAGCUCGUUGUCCCUGGACGAGAGAACGCGAUUGCGCGUCGAUGAGCCUAGCUUCCAAAAGUUCCAUGUAGAAAAUACUCAAAUCGAGGGAAAAUGCGAUACCGUUCACAUCGCAAUGGUCUGCGCCGGAUACAAUUCGACGUUGGCCCUGGUGACAGCAGUAAAAUCCGUUUUAUUCUACCGCACUAAACCGCUGCACUUUCACUUGCUCGUCGAUGAGAUCGCAAAGAGAACUUUGACGACCCUGUUCCGAACAUGGGAUCUACCUCACGUGAACUUGACGUACUACAAGGCCGAGCGAUGGGUGCCAAGCGUGUCCUGGAUACCGAACAAGCAUUAUUCCGGCGUUUACGGUCUCCUAAAGUUAAUUCUGCCGGACGCGAUGCGGGAAGACAAGGUGCUCGUAUUCGACACGGACGUGACCGUCCUAAACGACGUUAGUUUGCUUUGGCGGAUGUUCGAGAAGUUCACGAACGAUCAGGCGCUAGGAUUGACGGAGAAUCAGAGUCAUUGGUACAUAAAGGCGCUGUCUUACGGGCAACGGCCAUGGCCAGCUCUUGGCAGAGGGUUCAACACUGGCGUGAUGCUAAUGCAGUUGCAGCAACUCCGUAACAGAAAAUUUAUGACCCUCUGGGAAACAGUUACCAAGCGUGUGCUCGCCCGCAUACCGGAAACUAGUUUAGCCGAUCAAGAUGUAAUAAAUGCGGUUAUCAAAGAGCACCCGUCUAUUAUAUAUAAAAUAGAGUGCACAUGGAAUAUUCAACUGAGCGAUCACACGAUCAGCGAUCUUUGUUACCGAGACACUAGUCAGAUAAGUAUCGUGCAUUGGAACUCUCCUCGAAAACAGGAUGUAUAUAAUAAGCACAUCAACGAGUUCCGUAAGUUGCACAAGGUCUUCCUCGAAAUGGAUGGGAAUUUGCUACGCAGACGUUUGUUCGGUUGCGAUAAGCACGACGAAACCGUGUCACAAUACAACGAAUCGAGUCCGUGUCAGGAUUUCACCAGAGGCGCAACCAUGUUGUACCGCACUCACCCUUUCCUCCUAGAGUACGAAUAUAACGUGUACGCCCCUGCAGACGUUGCUCUGGUAACUCAGUGUAGCGUGGAGAGAAUACCACUGCUGGAGGACCUAUCAAAGCACUGGCCAGGAACUAUAAGCGUCGCGCUUUACCUCACUGACGCAGAAGUGCAGAAUUUCCUCGAAUUCGUGCGCGGAUCCAUCGAAUUACGCACGAGGAAGAAUAUCGCGUACCACGUAGUCUAUAAAGAUGGGGAUCUGUACCCGAUCAAUUACCUGAGAAACAUCGCGAUGUCUUAUGUAUCGACUCCAUACAUUUUUCAACUGGACGUCGAUUUCCUGCCGCAGUACGGGCUACACGAGGGCCUCAUGAAUUACAUCUCUAAAUUAAAUAUCACCGAAUCGGACAAAGUAGCUCUGAUCGUGCCGGCAUUCGAGACCGAACGUUACAGGUUCACAUUCCCCGCUGACAAAAACGAGUUGUUGAAGUUCUUGAAACGAGGAAUUUUGUACACCUUCCGGUACCAUGUGUGGACUCAAGGCCACGCUCCCACUAAUUAUAGUUACUGGCGGAACACGAUGGAACCGUACGAAGUCUCAUGGGAACCAGAUUUUGAGCCGUACAUCGUGGUCUCGAGGCUGGCCCCUAGAUACGACACCAGAUUCGUCGGUUUCGGGUGGAACAAGGUUUCCUACGUGACGCAUUUGACGAUACUAGAUUACAAGUACAUCGUUUUACCGGAUACGUUCAUUAUCCACCGACCUCAUGCACCUAGUCUGGACAUCGGCAAGUUUAGGACUGAUUCUAUUUAUAGGAGAUGCUUGAAGAAGUUGAAGGACGACUUCGUCGAAGAGCUGCUGGCCAAGUACGGCGAGAGCGCGCUGCCAAAGUUAAAGAAGCUAACCAAAGAGGACAAAGUAUUGAAACCCGUUGGAACCAAAUAAUUGACAAUAUUUAUGAUAAAUAUUUUGGGCGAUUCCGAAGGUGUUAAUUAUAUUAUUUUCUCAAUAAAAAGAAAAGAUAUCUUGCUGAAAAAGAAAAUGAUGAAACGUUGUCCGUCCCCUGUUCCGUGGAUUAUUUGUGAAAAGAGUCGCAUUGAAGUCAAUGGGAAUGGGGUUGGGAAAUAUUUAUUAAAAUUUAACCAUCGUAGUGGAGUGUACAGAGUGGUGCUUUCAGUACAUUCUCUUAAUGUUACAGUCACGCUAGAUAUUUCAUUUAUAAAAUAUGUAUAAUAUUUACAGUGAUAGUACAUUGACAUGGCAUUAUAAAUUAUAGUCGGCCGAGAAUGUUACACCGAAACGGAACUAAAUUCGGUUGAACGCGUGGCAUGCCGCGUU